CCAAAAACAAAACAAACGCGCGUGCAGAAUGUUUUCCUAAACAAGGUUUAAUUUCGAUUUUCUCGUUUAAAAUCAGAUUGCAUUUACAAAUAUUUUUAAAAUGGACGGGAUCAGUUUCGACUCGCUAGCAUACCUGCAUCAGGAUGAUACGUUCGUGAUCGAAUGUAACGACGAUUUCGGUGGCAUUUGUGAGGACAUUGCCCGUCUGGCCGGAGCCUCGCAUCUACUGGUAGAUCCUCUGGACCUGGUCCUGGAUGGCCGGGACGUGUUGGCUGGAAGUGGCAGCAGCAACAGCGCCGGAAGUAGCUGUUAUGAUAGUCCAUCUGGAAGAUGUUUUGACAAAGAGAUUCCCUCACUCUUCUCCGAAAUGGAAUAUCUGACCGAGGUGUCGCCCGAGAAUGGAACCGUUAUCGUGCCCGGCCAAAAUGUACCGAUUGUCGUGAAUCCGGCUGAGUUUUCCUGGACCCGUAGGAAAGAAAAAGCUCCGAUGGAGUCGAGUGAGACUUCAAGUUUACCCGAAAGCGUGGAGUCAGUUCAAGCUGUUCGACGAAAGAGUGGCUCCAGUGGAAAUCGAAAUCAAUACUUAAACACUUCCAACUACCGUAAAAUCCUGCAAAACUACAUUCAAAAGGGCAAAAGAAAACUGGAAGAAAGUUCUUACUCAAAGAUGAAGGCUACCGUCGUGAGCGUCAAAGCCGAUCAGAACUCAACUUCCCUCAUCGAAACCAUCACCUGUGCUUCCUAUCUAAACGGUCCGCAACCAGCUCACCCUUCCCCUGCCAACACAGAUCGGACAUCGAAUGGACAAACCAAUCGGAAUCAAAAUGGCAAAUCGGACCACCAGCUGCCACCGGCUAGCUAUCGCUGCCAAGACUGCAAUUCCUGUUUUCUCUCAGUCGAACGGCUCAAAAAGCACAGUUGCAUCAUCACCGAGCAGUACCAGUGCCAGCUGUGUCGCCGCGAAUUUCGCAAACGGAAAACGUUGGAACAGCACCUCAAAUCGCAUGACAAGGUGUUUUCCACCGACGAUGAUCUCCGCCGAUAGGGCGCCGUAAUUUUAAACAACCUUGAAUUUAAUGUUUUGUUUUUCUGUUGUCUUGUGCGUGGAAACCGCAUUACCUGAUUGUAAUAUAUGUUUUUUGUCUUAUUCAAA